UUUAGUUUUACAAUGAAUAAUCUGUAAUGUCUGUAUCACUCUCUAACAUUGCAACUGCUUCAUCAAAAGCUAGAAAUUGGGAUCAUUUAUCAGAUGCGCGACGCAAACCGCCAAAAUCAGCAUGUGUUUAUCGUGUUGGUCCUGCACCAAGAGAAGAAGUUCUCAAAGAUGGUGAGGGUAAUGCUGACAUUGGAACUUUAGAUGAAGACAUGGAUAAUCAAAAUCUAUUAGAAUCUGGUCUAAAUAAAGUAGCAGCAGCAAGCAAGGCUCUAAUUAUUUACUUUUCUAAAAUGGCUAAAAAAGGAAGUAAAGAUACAGUUGAUUUUCGUUUCUUGGAGUCUCUGAUCUUAGGAGGUGCAAAUGUAAAUGUUGCAGAUAAACAUGGUCAAACUGUGAUGCAUGAAGUGGCAAGAAAUUGGAAUGUAGAUGUUGCUAAGUUUUUUAUAGAUUUUGGAGCAAAUGUUAAUCAGACAGACAAAUGGGGUAGAUCACCACUUCAUUUAGCUUCUGCUGUUGACCACUUUGAAAUGGUUAAUUAUCUAAUUAAUAAUUCAGCUGAUAUACACAAAAAAACACACGGGGAACAACAGACGGCUAUACAUUAUGCAGCAAAGUACAAUGCAGUUGGAUCUCUCAAGAUUCUGAUAGAAAACCGUGCAAACUUAUGUGAUAAAGAUUAUAAGAAUAGGACACCUCUUUAUAUUGCUGCAGAAACAGCUCAAGAAGACUCUACAAGAUAUUUAGUUGACCUUGGAGCUCCAGUAGGAGUAUUUGAUGACACUGGGAUGUCAGCUAUAUGUGUUAUUGUAGAGAAAAUGCCACAUGUUGCAUUGGAUGCUUUAAAUCAAUUUGUAGUUAAUGAUUCUGCAUACAGAAAGAAUCAUUUUUACUUGAAUUAUUUAGAAAGUAAUCCUAUUAACUGGUUAUUAGCAAAUGAACAGGUUGAUCAAUAUGGAAUUCCAAUUGUUUCUGGUGAUAAAAAUGGGAAAAAGAAAAGAAAAAAUUGUCCCAUUAAUGCUCUAAAAAUGGCAGUUGAGUUAAAGGAGUUUGAUGUAAUUAUGCAUCCUGUUAUGCAAGAGAUGAUAAAACAAAAAUGGAAUCAGUUUGGUAAAUUUGGAGCCCUCCUUACAGCAUUUAUACAUAUCACAUACAUUAUGAUCUGGACAUGGUUAGGAAUAUUUCUUCCACGUGGUAAAGAAGGCUACUACAAAAAUGGGGUUUACUGGAAGAUACCCAUCGAAUUAAUAGCUGUUUUAAUGACUUUUUUUUUUAUAAUUAAGCAAAUCAUGGAAAGCAAAACAAGUUUGAAGACAAAUGAGCAGUUCCGAAGAUGGAAAAUACAACAGCUUACUCGUGAUUUGGAAUUUUGUCAUCCAAGAUGGCCACAGGAAAAAGUUUUUAUUGAAAGUGAAAUGAAAGCAGUUCGUUCUAAAAAAAAAAACUUUUUAUCUGAUCCAUGGAAUGUGUUUGACUUGUUAACUUAUAUCUCAGUGUUGAUUGUUAUUUUAACACGAAUACUUUAUGUUGUAAAAAACAAUGAACUUACUGCAAAGAUUCAUUUGCGUGCAUAUACAUUUGCUUUAAUUUCUAUGUGGUUGCAUUUUAUGAAGUCCUGUCGACCAUUUACUACAUUGGGCCCAUUUAUUACAAUGCUUGGUCAUGUGUUAGCUGACACAGUUACUUUUGCUUUUCUCUUUUUUGAGUUUUUUAUUCCCUACUCAAUUGGGUUUUGGAUUCUUUUUGGGGGAUAUGUUAAUGCAAAAAAAAUGAAUGAUGCCAAUGCUAAUUCUAUUGACUGGGAACUUUUUAAUAACAUGAUAUUUUCAGUUUGGCAAGUAACUUUAAAUACUGGAGAUUUUUUGGAAGGUCUUGUAGCUGUUGAUCGUCUUAUGGCACAGAUAUUUGUUGGCACAUUUUUUAUGUUGUCAACAGUUUUAUGUCUAAAUCUAUAUAUUGCACUGCUAUCAGAAACAUUUAACAGAGUUUAUCAAAAUGCUAAAGCCAACGCUUCUCUUCUUCAGGCUAAUACUGUUUUGCAGAUAGAAGCUUUUUUAUCUAAAAAGCGUGCCAAAAAAGCUAACGAUUAUAUCCAUGAAGAAUGUGCACCAUUAGUUGUUUCUGAACCAGAAGAUAAAGCUGGUAUUACGGAAAGCGAGUACUGGGAAAAAGUGGUGCGAUCGGUUUGUUUACGUUUUGAUUUCCUAAAUGAUUAUUUAAAAGAAUACUUUAAUAUCAAUAACAAAAUUAGCAUAGUAUCACGGAGUCAGGCUGAUCUUGAUAAAGAUUAUUUAAAGGAGUUAGAAUAUUAUAAAUUGUUUGAGGCUCUUAAGCAACGCGAUAAAGAGUUAUUUGAAAUCAAAUGUAUAGUGUAUGAAUUGAAAUGCAGCGUAUUUUCUAUUAUUGGAGAACCACUUCCAGAGCCUCCAAAAUAUAUUCCUCUUCCAGAUGUUAAUAUUAAACCACCUGUUCGCAAAAUAUUACCGAUUCCCUCAGCUCAAUCGAAACUUGACUCUCGAAUAAAAAACAAUGCUGUGUACAGAUCAAUUAUGGAUAAAAAGUGUUCAAAUGGAUUGGAAGAAUUGGAUUACGAUGAGGAGGGUUUGUCAAGAAGCUGGGAAAAUGUUAUUGUCAAUGAAAAAAGUGAUGAUUAAUCCGGUUUAUCAUAAUUAUAUUACAUAAAUUAUUAUUUUGUAUAUUUUUUUACGGUAUUUAAAGAAGUAUUACAGUUUUUAUAUGUAUUA